AUGAGGAUGUGCCGAAAGCCUGCGAAGGGCCGCGAAAAGUAUGUUGGGGUCCGACAGAGGCCCUCAGGAAGAUGGGUCGCAGAGAUCAAGGACUCGGCUCAUAAGGUCAGGUUGUGGCUCGGCACCUAUGACAGUGCAGAGGAUGCAGCGCGUGCGUACGACGAGGCGGCUUUCUCGCUCCGGGGGCCCGGGGCUCGAACCAACUUUGGCAAUCCGACCUCGACCUCAAACCAGGUGUCUGCGAACGAGGACCCGACACCGUUCUCGUUUGAGGGCCCUGAAGAGUCCACAUGCGUGGUGGGGGGCUUAAGGGGUGCCUUGCAGGCAAAGUUGAUGGAGGGUAGGGGGCUGAGCAGGGGCACGGUUGUGGGUCCCGCAUCGUCGGCGAUUAAUUCGGUUUCCGAGAAGGGAUCAGGGGAUAAGAGUGAGAUGUGGAAUACAUGUUUAGGGGGAGGAGGUGGUGGUGGUGGUGGUGGUGGUGGUGGAGGUGAAGGUCCCGGUGAGAGUGGAGGAGGGGGGGAUGGGAAUUUUGAGUUUGUUGGGGGUUUGGAGGAGGGAGAGAAUGGGAGUUGGGCAUGGGAUUUGCUUCUUCCAUCUAUGUUUUCUCCUUCCUAG